UUUCUCAUUACAUAUUCAAGGUGUGGCUUGGAGGAACAGGUGCGGGCUCUUCGGCGUUUGUAGCGCUGUUCUUACCUAUCCAAAAAAAAGUGACCUCUCGAGUUUAUAUCCCGUAUAUUUGGAGGUAAAGUAAUUCGUGUGUAACCGGUACUAGUAACAACAAGAAGAGGGAACAUUUUUAGGCCGACAGGUGAACAGCAGGGGCUCAGUCGAUAACGAACAAAGGAGGCUCUGAAGAGGCUUGGCUUUUUUUUUUCCCUUCUUCACUUUCCCAAGCAGUUCUGACGAACUUUUUUUUUUUAAAAAAGAAAAAAAAAAGGUUUCGUUACUCGUUUUUAGUCAGGUUUAUUUCUUGGUUAAUUUUGGGGCGUCGACGUAUUACUAGUAGCUAAAGCCAAACUAAAAGACAACAACAACAACAGCCAGCGCGCGGGAACAAAAGAAGAUGGCAAACUCCGGGCUCCAGCUCUUGGGCUUCUCUCUAGCGCUGAUCGGCGUCGUCGGCCUCAUCGUGGGGACCAUUCUGCCGCAGUGGAAGAUGUCCGCGUACGUCGGGGACAACAUUAUCACGGCCGUGGCCAUGUACCAGGGCCUGUGGAUGUCGUGCGCUUUCCAGAGCACUGGCCAGAUGCAGUGCAAGGUGUACGACUCCAUUCUGCAGCUCGACAGCUCCCUGCAGGCCACCCGAGCCCUAAUGGUGGUUGGAAUCAUUGUAUCAGUGAUAGGACUUGGAGCAGCUACUAUGGGCAUGAAGUGCACCAACUGUGGUGGAGAUGACAAAGUGCGCAAGUCUCGUAUUGCCAUGACAGGGGGCAUUAUUCUGCUGGUGGGAGCGUUGAGUGCAAUCAUAGCCUGUUCAUGGAUUGCCAACAACAUCAUCAAGGACUUUUAUAAUCCCUUCACCCCAGUCAACACAAAGUAUGAGUUUGGAGCAGCCAUCUUCGUUGCUUGGGCUGGUGCCUUCCUAGAUAUUCUAGGGGGUGGUAUGCUGGCUGCUUCUUGUCCCAAAAGCAGACCAAAACAGGCCAAAUACCCUGUCAAAAGCAGUCGACCCCCUAGCAGCAGCAAAGAGUUUGUGUGAGUUCUCUUGUGUGACGUGAGAUUCAUAGCCCAGCCUGGAAGAGCCUGACUAGUGUGUAUCCAUUAUUAGUUAUAUCCCUCCAGUUCAGUUUUCUUUAACCUUGUUAACUUUUGGGGGGGAUGCUGACCCUUUGAGAUAAAUGGGAUGCAUAUUUUAAACAUUAGUUGUAUUUCUCAUUCUUACAGCUGAGGGUGAGAAAAAUAACUUGACAUUUAUGAAAGGGGGUUAUAGGAGAAUUUUAAUGUUGGAAGGAAGCCACAGGGCUACUUCACUCCCUUAACCUAGGAGUGUUAAUUGAGUGACACUUUUUUAAUAUUAAAGGUAUCAUUAUACAUGCUUUCUCCAGAAAUGCCUUUAGGUUUGGUGCUCAUUAGAACCCCCCUCACAGUGGAGAAGUUAUGUAUUUAUUGGGGGGAGGGAGAAGCAAUCACCCUUUCUGUCAAUCUUAUGUUGACAUUCUUCAGCCUGUAUCCCAUUGUAUGUAUUUUAUUUGGUCAUUUUUAUCAGGUUGCUUAGAUUUGUUGUGGAAUUAAAAAUGGCUUAAAGCCAUUCCAGUAAUUGAUAUUAAAUGCAUUACUUGAUUGACUGAAAUCUGCAGUUCACAUCUAAUUUAAAUGUGAUCCCCAAAUGCAGUUCAUGCUGUAUAAUUCCUCUUGUAUCCCAGCUGCCUCUCUGCCUUUAGCUAUUCAUAAAGCUGUCUUGGUGACCCCCUGGGUGAACAAUGAUGGUACUUCAGGGCUGUUGGAGUUGCAGUGAAACAUUUGUGUGUCACACUUGGCUAUAUGUGCCCUCCAUUGUGUACUUUUUGCUAUAUUUGCUUUAGUCUUUCAGUCAGGAGACUGAAGUUAAUUUUUGUAAUGUCUUGAUGCUUCUUCCUCCUUGCAUUGAGUAAUUUUUGUAGUUUGACAAAUAAAAUGCCAUGCUUUAAUUACA